CGCUCGACACCAGCACCAUGAGGUUGUGUCUGGCUCUGGUGGUGCUCGGCACCAUCGCGCUCGUCGCCAGACCCGUCACCAGCGCGCCCCAGCCGUUAUCCAUCACAGAUCUCAUCAAACUGAGUAAAAAACAGAACGCUGCCAAGACUUCUACCACUACCACUACCACUACAACUACCACUACAACUACCGCUGCCACUACGCAGGCGUCUGCCACAGCCGAGCAGCCACUCCCGCUGCCCACAGAGGCGGCACAGGAAUCGCUCGCCACCUCUGAAAAUACAGGAGGAGGCGGCGGAGCUGGCGCUACAGGCGGGGGAAGCGCGGGAAGCACUACAGGCAGAGACGGGGACGGCCCUGCUCCUGGUGGUGAAAACUCCAGCAGCCAGAGAGGCGAGGCUGCUUCAGGGAGCGACCUGACGCCAUCACAAUCCGAUGGGGGUGACGGCUCCAUGGGAGGACAGGCGGCACAGACCGACCCUGACGCCACCCUGGUAGUCGGAGCUGAGAUGGACACCGAAGACGGAGACGAGGACAUGGACGGAGACGUAGGAGAUGAAGACGAAGACGGAGACAGAGAGGAGGACGAAGACGGAGACGGUGAGAUGGACGGAGACGGAGAGAUGGGCGAAGACGGAGACGGAGAGGCUGACGGCGGACGGGAUGUGAAGCGCCGUCGGAGACGCCGCCGCUGUCGGGUCGGAGGGGACGAGGACGGCACCGGAACCUGCUGUCUGCGCCGUCGCCGACGACGGAAGAAGAGGCCUACCGCGGGCGGAGACGGCGAGGGGAUGGCCACCAUCUCGCCAGCCACCGAGAUCGUGAUGCCCCAGUAUGCCUGACGCCAAUAACCGAUACUAUCGUGGAAAAUAAGGAGUUUCUGAACUCUAAGCACACUCUCGGAGUUAAUGGAAGUUUGCGGAACAGUAGAAUUGUCUUGUCUGCACAUGUCGUGUUUUUUAUUCAUCAUCGGACUCUUGUAUCUGCCGGUUUUCUAAACCGCUCGCACUCUGUGAUAUUCUAGUCCUCUAUUUAUUUAGCAACUGUUGUAGGUACAGGCUAUUAAUAUGUAGAAUACAAAUUAUGUAA